GCAUUUUCCGGGAAUGUUUGCUUAUUCAGAAAGGAUCGUUGAUCUGUGGCGGAUCUGUGAGUCGGAAUUCAGUACAACGACCCUACAGCGUCGGAAGAAACUUGGGAAUUUGAUUUACCAAAUGAUGUGCGUUUAGUCCCGUGUUUUGGCUCCAUUUAUUUAUGGGCGGGUCAUCUGCCAUCGACGCUGUCUUAAAACUAUUUAUCUUGCGACUAUGUCUUGCGUCUCUUCUCUUCCACCACUGCAUUCAGGGCUCAUAUGCUAUGAAUAGCCCUCCUGCUCCUUGACUGCUUGCUAGAUUUCUCCUCAGCCUGACUGCCUUUGUGACUUGACUUCUUUAUCGCCCUUUUGUUUGAGACCUCUUGUUGAAUCUUAGACCCUCCACGUUUCACCGCUGUUAGCUCGGCUCCAAUCUCGGUCAGAACGACUCACCUGAGCCAACAGAGAAUCAAAAGACAGCUUGGUCUCCACGGAAUCUUGUGUCAUAUGAUAUGUUUUGGUAUACUCCGUUACUCUGGGUGCCUUGCGGGUGGCUUGUGUUAACCGGGGAAUCAGAUCACCGCGUUUAACUCCGAAGUACUUACCGCUUCAACAUGCCACGCUCUGUACCCUCCAACUUGACCUCCUUUGCCCAGGAAGGCGGUCAAGCUCCUAGCGAAGAUGAUCGCCAACGAUCUCUCUCCCGAACGGCUCCUCCCUCCCCGUCCGCGGUCAGACAACACAGCUAUCUCUCGGAAGCACAUACUGGUUAUCAGUCAUUACAACCACCGUUAGAGAUUAGCGAAACAACCAGCUUGCUAGGGAAAGAUCGAAGAAACAGAGGUGUACAACGGACAUAUACCAAUCUUUCUACAGGCUCCGGGCCCGACGCCAACUUUCGACAUAACUUGUUGGCUGGGAGCAUCCGCCGAUCACGCCAUCACAGCCGUGCUAACUCCCAGGCCUUGCGAGUCAGCCGGCGGGAAAGUAUAGAUGCUGAUCAAGCUGAGAGCCUUGCUGCAUCGGCCAAAGAUGGCCUGAACGCUUCAUUUAUGGAUGAUCGAACUUGGUAUGAUCAAUUUACCUCUACCGACUGGGUACAUGAUAGUAUUGCGGAUGGCGAGCGCCUUCGACAGUUGCGGGCGCGGAGAGAUCUCCGGGGUCGACUCCUAGCAUGGUUCGAUGGUGCUCAGGGCUGGGUUCUCGUCGCACUAAUCGGCUGCAUCACAGCGGCGAUCGCCUAUUUCGUGGACGUAACCGAAGACUUUGUGUAUGAUCUCAAAGAAGGGUUUUGUACCACGCGAUGGUUCCAUAGCCGCCAACAAUGUUGUGUGGACAAUCCUGAGUGCUCUGCAUGGUGGUCAUGGUCCAAGAUGCUAACCUUCUCAAGCACGGAAAAUCAGUGGACGGACUUUGGCAUGUACGUAGCCUGGGUAGUUAUCCUGUCUGUCGUCUCUUGCUUUCUCACGUUGCUCACGAAGACGGUCGUUCCUUCGUCGGUCUCUCUAACGACUUUGGAUGAAAAUUUGGGUGCAGCUUCGUCGCACGGCACGAAACGUACGGAUGCAACUACUGAUUCCCCAAGCUCCGAUACUAGCCCGCGAGCGCCUUACUCGGCGAUUCCCACACGUCCUGAUAUGAUUUUUUAUUCUGCAGCGGGCAGCGGGGUUGCUGAAGUGAAAGUCAUCAACAGCGGUUUCGUCUUGCAUGGAUAUCUGGGUUUCAAAACGCUGGUCAUCAAGACCAUUGCUUUGAUUUUCAGUGUCUCAUCUGGCCUAAGCUUAGGCAAGGAGGGCCCGUAUGUCCACAUCGCUACCUGCGUGGGAAACAUCUGCUGUCGCUUAUUCGCCAAAUACAAUCGCAAUGAUGGGAAAAGAAGAGAGGUGCUAAGCGCAAGCGCUGCGAGUGGUGUUGCAGUAGCUUUCGGUGCCCCCAUUGGUGGUGUUCUCUUUAGUCUUGAGGAAGUCAGCUACUAUUUCCCUCCGAAGACACUCUUUAGGACAUUCUUCUGCUGUAUUGCUGCAGCACUCUCCCUGAAAUUCCUCAAUCCUUAUGGAACGGGUAAGAUCGUCCUGUUCGAGGUUCGGUAUUUCAACGAUUGGGAGAUCUUUGAGUUAGUGAUAUUCGUUAUUUUGGGUGUACUUGGGGGCGCUCUUGGGGCCCUUUUCAUCAAGGCAUCAAGUUUAUGGGCUCGCUCAUUCCGCCGAAUCCCCGUUAUCAAGCGUUGGCCUAUGCUGGAGGUAGUCCUUGUCGCGCUGGUGACUGGCCUUGUCAGCUUCUGGAAUCGCUAUACUAAAUUGGCCGUAUCCGAACUUCUGUUCGAGCUGGCCAGUCCUUGCGAUCAUGAGUCCUCAUCGCCAACCGGACUGUGUCCAAACGAAGAUGGCAUUGGCGAAAUUAUCCGCUACCUUCUUGUAGCAUUCGUCAUCAAAAGCCUGUUGACGGUAGUUACAUUCGGCAUUAAAGUGCCAGCGGGCAUUUAUGUCCCGUCCAUGGUUGUUGGUGGUCUCUUGGGACGGAUCGUUGGUCAUGUGGCACAAUAUCUCGUGGUGAAAUACCCAACGUUCCCCUUGUUUGGGUCCUCCUGCCCAGCUGUGUCGGGGAUGGAAUCGUGUGUGACCCCAGGAGUGUAUGCGAUGAUUGCCGCAGGGGCGACCAUGUGUGGUGUCACCCGCUUGUCAGUUACAUUGGCCGUCAUUCUCUUUGAACUGACCGGUAGUCUGACCCAUGUCCUUCCGUUUUCCCUGGCCAUCCUUUGUGCCAAAUGGACUGCCGAUGCGAUCGAGCCCCGCAGCAUCUAUGAUCUCUUGACUGAUAUGAACUCGUACCCGUUCCUUGAUAACAAGAUACAGGUCGUAUCAGACGCAGAGCUCGGAGACCUCGUGAGACCUGUACGCAGGAGUCGCAUCAUUGAUAUCUCAGACUCUCCGUUCGUACCAGCUACAGAGUUGCGUUCCAAACUUCAAACUCUUCUCAUGGCAGGAGAGUUAGAUAGUGGCCUCCCUAUCUUACGCCACGAUGUCUUGUCUGGCCUGAUCCCAGCCCCGGACCUCGAAUAUGCGCUGGACAAUCUCGAGGACGAAGAAAACACGUUAUGUCUGAUGACGCUAGAUACGAUGUCGGUUGUGUCCGACAGUGAUGAUGAAGAGCUCAUUCGAGUGGACUUUAACCGCUAUAUUGAUCCGGCCCCUAUGUCUCUUGAUAUCCAUUCACCUCUAGACCUUGUUUACCAGUGUUUCGCUAAGCUAGGACUACGAUACCUGUGCGUCCUUCAAAACGGGCAGUACGCAGGUCUGGUCCAUAAGAAGGCUUUCGUGAAGUUCAUGAAGGAGAAUGAGUGAUUCUCUUUACGCAUAUCGACCUGCUUCCUGUAAAUGAGAAUACCGCCGUAUACAUAUUGUCAAUGACUUCCAAACAUUGUUCGGCGUUAUGUUUCGGUAACUGCACGCAUUCCUGGUCGCCUGUAGCAUCUUUUCUUAUUUCGCAUAUAUCUUCGGCUUGAGCAUUACGCACAUACUGAUCUGACUAUAAACUGUAUUCUUCUUAGCACUGUUUUUACUACCAAGUGUAUAUCAGCGGAGGUUGCCUAUAUGUUUUAUUGUGCUCAGCGGGGUUCAAGACUUCUUUUUGUUAACAUGUCUUCAUUAGCAAGCGCCUCUUUGACUGCAGAUGCCUAUCAUUGAACUUCAAACGGGGCAGACGCGCCGUAAAUAGAUUAUCAUUGCACAAAGCAAUCGAAUGCUAUCGUUAUUUACAAGAGAAAGAGAGGCUAAACUAUACACAGUGCCCGCAACUUCAAUAGAUCCGUUCAUAUCCCACCAUCUGAAUUCGAACCUCGCCUUCAUCUUUCCAUUCCCCCGAGACAGGCUCACCCACCCACUCGGUCACUUCCUCCGCACUCACCUUCUUCCACCCCUUCUCCAUGAGCAGCUCCUCAUCAACCGGAAAGAACGUAUCACACUCAAACUGUGCUUUCUCCCCAUCCACCCCCUUCUUCUCAACAUUCGUCAUGACAAUCCUAACUGGUCGAUCACCUCCCAACCUCAAAGCCGCCGCAUAAAUCUCCGCACCCC